GAGGAUUCCAAUUAACUUGGGUAUAUUCUAGACAAUAUUUGAACAAUGGAAGCAUAUUCAGUUGAACGUCCUCAAAAAUUCCCCCAUACGCGUCUAGAGAGAGAAAUACACAAGCAAAGACCGUUAGUUUAGAGAGAACCAUUUUCUCUCUCUACUCACUCUCUCUCCAACUCUCCGACGAAUCAUCAAACUCACCACCUCUUACGCUCCACAAUUAUUACCUACUGAAUCAGUCUUCUCCUCUCUCUCUACAUUUCUUGAAUCCAUCAGGUGCUAUAAAGUGAAAAUUUCUGUGAUCAGAAUCAAGAAUUAUUUAUAUAUAUAUAUUUGGAGAGAGAGGGAUUUGGUAAAUUUAGGGUUCAGAGAGAGAGAGGGGAAAGAUAGAGAGACGAUGAAAGACUUGGCGGCUUCAUCUGGAUCGUCGAUCCAGGAAACAGCCACAACAACAUCUACCCUCUCUUCAUCGGCUUCGAUUUUCACCAAUUAUCCUCUCCUUUCAGCUCUCGUUGCCUUCGCUCUCGCUCAAUCCAUCAAGGUCUUCACCUCCUGGUAUAAGGAAGGGCAUUGGGAUCUCAAGAAACUUGUUGCAUCAGGUGGGAUGCCAUCAUCUCAUUCUGCAACCGUCACUGCUCUAGCUGUGGCCAUUGGUUUUCAAGAAGGCUUUGGAGGUUCACUGUUUGCGGUUGCAUUGGUCUUAGCAUGUGUUGUGAUGUAUGAUGCAUUUGGUGUAAGAUUGCAGGCUGGACGCCAAGCAGAGGUUCUAAAUCAAAUUGUAUUUGAACUUCCUGCUGAACAUCCUCUAGCUGAGAGCAGACCAUUACGCGAACUUCUUGGCCACACUCCUCCUCAGGUUAUUGCUGGUGGAUUGCUUGGAUUUGUCACCGCAACAAUUGGACAUUUUAUCGCUGGGCCUCUUAGUCAAACUUAACGUUCAGGUUGAUGUCGCGUGUUAGAAUCUGUGGCCAAUGAGUCUUCCCGGUAAUGCUGUGGGUCAGGAGUGCAACUCACACUCUUGUCACCCAAAGUGUUCAAACCCGAAUAUCAAGAUGGUGUUGCCUCCAAUCCAGUUAGCAUAUACCUGUAAACUACAACCAUCUUUACAUUUGCACAACAGUACACUAAAGGUGCAUUUUAAUUGAUUCAUUGUUUGAUACAAUCAAAUUUGUAUUUUGAUCAAGCGGUAGCAAAAAUCCCCAUGCACGUAGCGUGGUCUGAUACCACCUAUAUCAGUAAUGAAACAUUACAGUGGGAAAAUUCUGCUUUUAACAGUGCAUAAGUCCUUUUGUUUUGAA